UGUAGCCAAACGGACGCAUGCGCGGCGCAUGAGAGACUUUCCGAGGUUUUCCUGAAUAAAAUCACUACGUGUUUCUGGUCGUGAAAGUAUCUUUUUCAGUUAGGCAGUGCACUCUGCAGUGGCCCCACCCUUCCCCCUUAUAUUUCUCAAGCCUCGAAAAGGAGCCUUUUCCGAGUCGAAAACAGAAACACGAGCAACACAGCUGAAAACCUAUUUAAGGACCGUUCCAAAACACCAAGGAUACAUUUCAAAGACCUCUUUCGACCAAGUCAGUUAAAUACAGAGUUUUCAGAGUGUGUGUGUGUGUUAGUGUGUACGUGUGCCAGUGUGUGUUACAAGUGUGUGCCUUAAUCCAUUAAAUAUAAUUAAGCCCGAAUCAAAACAAAAUAUAUUAAGUCCGCGAAACGAACAAAUACAAAUACAAAUACUUUUCAAAGAGCCAUAAACAAAUCGCAGUCUGCGAAAUCCGUUCAAAGCUCGCGCCAAUAUUGCUCCAAUUUGAGAAAACGGCUUAGCAACAAUUGCAUUGAACAGUCGAACAACAGUCGAACACAACAACUGAAACCUAAAACAGCAACAACCACCCGUAAAUAUAGAAAGCUUAACAAUCAAAUCCAACAACAACGACAACGAGGGAUUAGAGCCACUAACAACUAUAAAUGUGGUGGGUGCAUUAUUGCCAUUAACCAAAUCCCGAGCGACAGUGGCCAGAAUGAUCGCAGUGCAGCUGGUGGUCAAAGGAGGCCCAAUGAUUCACUGAGGAGCCCCAGCAAAGCGAUACCCAUUAAGCAGCGAGAACAAAAGAAGCAUUAACUGGAAGCUUGAUUAACUGGUGGACAGGUGGACUCAAUCGACAGCGGAAUGGCACACUUUUGCUGGCUCCUUAAAUUCGGUUUCUUGCUGCUGAUGUUGUCCGGCUGCCGGACGCGCCCAGCUCCCUUUCCAAGUGGCAGGCAGAGUGAGCUCAUCGCGGGCAACGAGUUCCUCAAGCUGUUCCUUGACCAUGAUGACCAGCAACGAAGCCUGCACAGCGGUGAACAGGAUUUCGAGGGCAGGGCAGAGUCAGCAUCAUCCCCGUCAUCCCACCACAGAUCGGCCACCGGAAGAAGCCUGGAUCUUAGCAGGAACCGCUAUAGGAACUCCCUGACAUCUGGAAACUCCCAGACCGAGGAGCCGUCCGACUCCAAGCAGGUGGCGAAGCUGGUGACCUCAGGCAGUAAAAUAGUGUUCCUCGAAGAUGCCCCCAGUAAAGUGAAAGGAAAGUCGAGUGACGAGGUCAAAGUGGUGGCCGUUAGUGUGAGUUCCUCCAGCAAGAGAGGUCCUUCGAGGAGCAGUGCCUCUGGUGUGACUGGAACGGGCUCGGACUUUGUGAACCGCUCGCAUAAAAGUGAGCUUUCGAUUGAGGAAACCGAGCCCAGAUUGGCUGGCGAUUCCAUGGACAGCGAGGUGGAUUCCCUGAACAGUGCCUCCAACAUCCAGAGUGUACUGGCUGCUCCUUUACUGGCAGCCUCCUCAUCGCAUUCCUUUUUGAAAAACCAAAGCCAGGUGACUGAAGAGGAAGGCGGUGUGGGAACCGCAGCUGGCGCAGGUUUGCCCUUUCAAACGGUGAUCUACCAUGACACCAAACAGGGAAGAGGACCUCAGUCCAGGUCCAUAUCCUACAGUUCCAUCUCCCAGAAUGUGGAUGAUUUGCAAACCUGGCAGCAGUCCAGAAGUGGCAUUUUGGCAGAGGCCCAGCGAAAUGUAAGUGAGAGCCUGAAACAUGCCCACUCGUCAGAGCCAGCCAAGUUCUACUCAGUACCAUCGAAGAUGUACAGUGUGCCCAGUAAGUUCUACUCCGAGCCAGCUAGGGUGUACUCAGAGCCCGCCAAGAUGUACGGACAGCCGGAGAAGGUGUACUCAGAGCCCUCGAAAGUCUACGGACAACCCUCGAAGUUUUACUCGGAGCCAGCGAAAGUGUACUCGCAACCCUCGAAAGUGUAUGGCGAACCAGCGAAAACCUACUGGCCACAAACACUGACCACAACGGCAGCACCACCACUGGUUAGCACCACCUCCUCGCCAUCAACCUCCACCAGCAGCACCGAGAAAGCACCACUGGCAGCCACCACCACCACCACCACCAGCACCUUUGUGCCCCUGCGAUCCAGACCACGACCUGCGAUUGUCUCGCGCAUCGCUUUUGGCGAGGCCCAGAGCACAAGUACCAGCACCACCACCAGCACAGUAGCCACGCCGAGCAGCACGGCAGCAGCAUCCAGUGGAACGGCAGCCACGCUGGCCAGCAGGGUCACCACAGUGAAGCCUCCCAGAAGCAGCACUUCCGCCAGCAUCAGGCCAACCACUUGGCAGCACCACUAUCACAGCUACAGCCACCAACCACCACAGGCGGCGCAUCCAACGCGCCGAGUACUCUUCAACUUGGAUAAAUUGCCUUAUGAUUUAUUGAAUGCACCGCAGCCGCAGCCGCAUCCACUGGAGCCAAUUUUAUCGAAGCACUCAGGUCCGAGUCACUACCACCAGCAACAUCAGAAGCAGCAGCAUCAGCAGCAGCAUCUGCAGCAACACGAACCGCAACAGCAACAGCCAAGUCCAUGCUGGGAGCAACAGCGUCAGCAUUCAUCACCGCCGCAUCAACAUUCUAAUCAAAAUGCCAAAGGAUUGCCCAAUAGAGAUCUAGUCAAGUGUGUUUCCAAAUUUGCACACCAACAUGGAGCAGCGGCGUCCGCGGUGGACCCAUCGCCGCCAUCAUCUUCGGGGUCAGGCGGUGGCUAUUCGUACAGCUCCAGCUCGUCCUCCACGUCCUCCUCGUCCACCUCAUCCAGCUCGGCCACCUCGUCCGCGAAGCAGCAGGCACAUCUGCAGCACCAGCAGAUGCAGCACUUCACCACCGAGCGCCCCGAGCUCUACACUCCGACCUCAGAGCAGAAUUACGAAAUUGAGGAGUCCGUUAGUGUUAUGACAAACGGACGAGCCCACGGACCGCAGGGCGGUGCAGGUGGUGGUGGAGUUGGUGGUGUGGCAGGGAGUGGGGCAGUGGGGCAAAUCACAACGCCAGCCAGUCCAGUGCCCCAAUCGAGCACCACCGCCAGCCCAAGUCGUGGCAUCAACAGAGGACGUGGCUCGGUGGUUUACAAUGCAAAUGCCAACGAUUAUUCGGAUGGCGAUGAUGAUGGCGAUGCAGGCGGGGAUGGGGAUGGGGAUGGGGACACGGGAUCAGAGGGCCAGGGAGCAGGCACCGAAGACGAAGACAAAGUCGCCUACGUGGUCGAGGGACGCAACUACCGAAAGUACCGGGUGGAGGAGAAGACCGACGACGGCUUCAUCGUCGGCGAGUACGGAGUGGUGGACCACAACGAUGGAAACCUGUGGGGAGUGCGUUACACCGCCGACUCCACCAUCAAUCGCAGUCUGAUACAGAAGGCGUUGCUCACGUUUCUGAAGCUCAAGUAGGGGCCAAAUGGUCAGGCUCCACUCGGGAAUGCACUCGAAAUGGAGGGAGGAGAGUCGCCAGAAUGCAGGGAAAUCUUUGGAAAGUACAGGGAUGCUUAGGAAAACUCUAAACCGUCUUGGAACUUAGAAUCGAUAAACUCUAGAUGGGUAAACAUAUUGGAAUUACUAGAAAUAUUCAAACUUUUUUAAGUUAAGCGAAGCCUAGCAAACAAUUACUUGCUAAGAAACCUAUUUGGCUGAUUAAGUUUUACAUUGUUUAAGUUGUAAGCCCUAGUGUUAGUUGUAAAACGAAAACGCAGAUAUGUGGCGACUUUCCAAAUGCAUAGCGGUGAUUUCCCGAGUGUCAAAAUACAAAAACCCCGCACUUUCCCACUGAAGAGACAGCUGCAAAGGCAUUCACAUGUGAUCCAAGUCGUAUUGUAGUUAGCGUAGACAACCUAAACCUAGAUAGAUAAACCUAGAUAGAUGUACCCUAGAACUUAGCCACUAGUUGAGUUCCCACGAGAUCAGUGUGUGUGUGUGUGUGUGUGUGUUUAGUCAGUAAACGAAUUUUGUUUAAUGUUUAGUUAAUGUUUUAAUUAAUUUAUUGUAGUUGUUGGUAUUGUAAUUGUAAACGCAAAUCCGAGCCUAAUUUAUUCAGCCGACCAGCACACCCGAAAUUCCGCAGAACUAUAGCAACUUGCCAUAAACUCCGAGCACCUACCAGCAUUAAGAACGAGCGAAAAACUAUCCUAAUUAGAGCAUUAAGCGACUUGUGUAGUGAAAUAAACUAAAUUCCAUUGAGA